AUGCCUCUUCACUUCUUUGAUGAUGCUGGUCGUCGCGCUAGGAAUGUUGCCUACGUCCGCCAGGACCCAUGGAGGAACAUGUCGGUGAACCAGUCUCUGAUUCGUCAGAGAUUUCGGUUCACCGAUGAACAGCUGGACUGGAUAACGGACUUGUUGAGUCCCAUGCUGGGCCGCGACGACCAGCAACCAUGGGCGAUAAUCGUUGUUGGUGACACCGCUGGAUGCUCCCAGAAAACGGUGUCCAACAUCAUACAGCGCGUUGUCGAUGCUCUGGUCCAUCCAGACAUCGUACAACGCUUCAUUAAAUUUAAACCCGAGGACGAGCAGUGGUGCAGAGCCCGAUCCAACGAGUUCGCAAGGACAGGAAGGAUGUCCAAUGUGAUCGGUGCUGUGGAUGGCACACUGGUCCGGAUAAGGACUCCAGCUGUUGACGGGUGGCAGUACGUCAGCAGGAAAGGAACAUCUUGCCUCAACGUCUGCAUCAUCGCAGACGCUGUAGGCCGAAUCCUGUACGUCAACAGCGGGUCCCCCGGAUCGGUGCACGAUGCCGCUGUUUGGCGUAACUCCGCACCUGCUGCGGCCUUCAAUAGUGGAGUAACCGUAGCAGGUUAUCGCCUUCUUGGCGAUAUGGGGUACGGCAACGGCGGCGGAAUAAUGACGCCAUUCCGGCCCACUGCCGUCCAAGGGAGACGCGAGGAAAAGCGCGAUAUAACCGCGAUCAUUGCCAUGACCAUCGGUCGUCUGAAAUCGCGUUUCCCCAUUCUCUCGUCAGAACUGAGAGUGGGACCUCAACGCGCGUCGAAAAUCGUCAUUGCAUGCGCAGUGUUGCACAACAUAAGUUUGUGCCUCCACGCGACCGCUAUGCGACAGCUUGGAAGUAGGAAGGCGACAAUGGCACAUCCUGGUGCCGACGUAGCAGACGUCCGUGCCUACAUCAUGGAGAGGAUGCUAAAAUCCAUUGCCAUUGAAAGCACUUCGAGUGAUCACGACUACGCGAUAGGCGCAAUUAGCGACCUUCCUGAGAAGAACGCCCGUGUAGCCGAGAAGGAUGUGACUUUUCGAGGCAGAUGUCCACGUCGCGGAGUGGUCAACCUUUUCAGACUUGUGGUAUUUAGAAAUUGCAGUGAAGCCUUCUGA